AUGUCAAGACCAGAAGAACUUGCUCCACCAGAAGUGUUUUAUAAUGAUACUGAAUCAUUCAAAUAUACAUCAUCUACUCGUGUUCAACACAUUCAAGCAAAAAUGACAUUACGAGCUUUAGAAUUAUUAAAUCUCGAACAAGACUCAUCACAAUUCUUAUUAGAUAUAGGAUGUGGAUCAGGAUUAUCUGGAGAAAUCUUAACUGAAGAAGGAUAUAAUUGGAUUGGGAUGGAUAUUUCUCCUAGUAUGUUAGCUACUGGAUUAGAUAGAAAUGUUGAAGGAGAUUUAUUUUUGGGUGAUGUUGGUAAUGGAAUUCCAUUUAGACCAGGAACAUUUGAUGCUGCCAUAUCUAUAUCAGUAAUUCAAUGGUUAUGUAAUGCAGAUAUAUCAGGAAUUGAUCCUAAAAAAAGAUUAUUGAAUUUUUUUAAUAGUUUAUAUGCAUCAUUAAAACGAGGAGGGAAAUUUGUUGCUCAAUUUUAUCCUAAAAAUGAUAUCCAAACAGAAAAUAUUAUGAAUGCUGCUAAAAUUGCUGGAUUUGGUGGUGGAUUAAUAAUAGAUGAUCCAGAAUCUAAACGACAUAAGAAAUAUUAUUUGGUAUUGACUGCUGGUAUGGCAGAACGACAAAUCAAUUUAACUGGAGCAGAAAUGGAUUCUCCUAUUGAUGAAAAAACUAAAUUAUCAAAUAAAAAAAGAAAAAGGAUAAUGGAAAGUAAAAAACAAUUUAUUAAUAGAAAGAAAGAAAUUAUGAGGAAAAGAGGUAGGAAAGUUGCUGAAGAUUCAAAAUUUACUGGAAGGAAAAGACGUCCAAGAUUUUAA